CUCGAUCACCUGCCCCUUACUCGGUCAGUCGGAAGCGCCGGCACCAUGUCCCUCACCGAAGCCGUCGCCGUCGCCGUCGCCGACGGUUACAACCGCCGGCGAGAGCUGCAGGCGUUCGACGACACCAAGGCGGGCGUCAAGGGCCUCCUCGACGCCGGCGCCACGUCCAUCCUGGCCAUCUUCCACCACCCGCCGGACUCCCUGCCCCAACCCCGAGACCAUCACGCAGCCACGCCCGUCACUACCGACGGCGGCGCGGCCGUCCCGGUCAUCGACCUCCUGGCCGCUCCGCGGGAGGAGGUGGUGCGCCUGGUGCGGUCGGCGGCCGAGACGGCCGGGUUCUUCCAGGUGGUCAACCACGGCGUGCCCGGCGAGGCCAUGGCCGCCAUGAUCGCGGCCGCGAGGCGGUUCAACGAGCAGCCCGCCGAGGCGAAGCGGCCCUACUACACGAGGGACACCGCCGCCCGCAAGGUGAGGUUCUACUCCAACCUCGACCUCUUCCAGUCGCUGGCGGCCUGCUGGCGCGACACCGUCUUCUGCGACAUGGCGCCGGAGCUGCCGCUGCCGGAGGAGCUGCCGGAGCCACUCAGGGGCGUGAUGUUCGAGUACGCCGACGCGGUGAGGAAGCUGGCGGUGUGGGUGUUCGAGCUGCUGUCGGAGUCCCUGGGCCUGGGCGGCGACCACCUGAGCAAGAUGGGGUGCGGGGAGAGCCUCAAGGUGGCGAUCAACUACUACCCGGCGUGCCCGGAGCCGCACCUCACCCUCGGCAACACCCGGCACACGGACCCGACGUUCCUCACCGUCCUCCUGCAGGACGGCGUCGGUGGCCUCCAGGUGCUCCUCGACCACGCCGGCGCCGGCAGCGGCUGGGUCGACGUCCCUCCCGUCCCCGGCGCCCUCAUCAUCAACAUCGGCGACCUUCUCCUGCUCGUCAGCAAUGGCCGGUUUAGGAGCGUGGAGCACCGGGUCCUGGCGAACAAGAACACGACGGCGAGGGUCUCCGUGGCGUCGUUCGUCGACGUGGGGGUGGGGAGAGACACGAGGCGGUACGGCCCCAUCCAGGAACUCGUCCACGGUGGCAACUCCCCGCUGUACAGGAGCGUCACGGUGGAAGAGUUCGUCGGGCACUUUUACAGGAAAGGCAGCGAGCGUCGUGCUAGGCUCGACUACUUCAAGUUGGAGCAGUAGCAUACUCGGUUUGCUCGUUAGGGACGGGCAGCAGUGCAUGGUUGCUACGUGUAGUUCCCAAAUGAAAGCAGUCUUGGAAUAAUGGAGCAUCCGGUGCAGGUGCUGCUCCUGAUAGUUGAAAUGUGCGUGGUAGGUCUUCCAUAAUCCGUGGUCAUUCUUGCCAGGACGUUUCACCACCAACGUGUAACAAAAGUUCUUGGUGUGCAGUGGUAGCAGUAGAUGUGGUUUGGAUGUUGGCAUGUUGCUGUUCAAAUGGCGAACAAAUGACGUU